AACUCGGAUAGUGUGUUUGUGACUCUUGCCUUCAGUUGGGAGUCAGCUAGGCUGGCUAGAAAACUCUCAAAAUGAACUCAAAGUUUAACUUGGAAGCCCUAAGAUCGCGGAGAACUAUCAGCUGCAGGAAACUCAGCAAGAGACAAAGUGAGAAAAGAGGAGACAAAAUGGCAGAUAAUAAAACUGCUGGCAAUCUCGGGGGCAAUUUAGGAGCUGGAGCUGGAAUAUUUGCCAAACGCGUUCAGAAAUCUUUCAGCAGAGCGCAAGAGAAGGUGUGGCAGAAGCUGGGCAAGAGCAUCGAGACCAGAGACGUACAGUUUGAAGAGUGUUCUCUCAACCUCAACAAACAGCAGGCCGAUGCAGCUAAGCUUUUCAAGGACGUCAAGGCCUACUUCAACGCGGUCAAAGUUAUGCACGAGACGUCUAAAAGGCUCUCACAGACCCUCGGGAGCGUCUACGAGUCAGACUGGGAAGGCCGUGAGGACAUACCUGUCAUUAUGGAAAGUGAGGAUCUCCUGUGGAACGAUUAUGAAGAGAAACUGAAUGACCAGAUCAUGCGUACCAUGGAGAAUUACACCGGCCAGUUCCCUGAUGUCAAAGAGCGCGUUGCCAAAAGAGGCAGGAAGCUGGUGGACUACGAUUCCGCCCGUCACCAGCUGGAGGUGCUGCAGAGCGCCAAGAAGAGGGAUGAGGCCAAGAUAACCAAGGCUGAGGAGGAGUUCAACGCGGCCCAGAGCAUCUUUGAAGACAUAAACAAGGAGCUGAGGGAAGAGCUGCCACAGCUUUAUCAGAGUCGAAUCGGGUGCUAUGUGACGGUUUUUCAGAACCUCUCAAACCUCAGAGACGUGUUCUACAAGGAGAUGAGUGUGCUGAAUCAUGAUCUCUACAAUGUAAUGAAGAAGCUGGAUACUCAGCAUUCAGGCAGCACCUUUAUAGUGAAAGGACUUAACAGUAGCGCCACCAAAUCCAAGAAGAGGAAGUCCCUGAACAUCUCCGCCCCCAUCCCCUGCAACACCUCCUUCCCCUCCAACCACCACAACACCUCCGCCCCCUCCACCCCACUCAGGCUGGCCAGCACCUCAGAGGACGGCGGCAUCGCCACGGAUACCACCACCACCACCCCUGGCGGUGACACCUCGGGCCACCUCGGGGACAGCACCUCCGACAUGGAGUCCGUCAGCCUCAGCGGCAGCGAAUCGCCAUCCACGAACCGCCUGUCCAUGAUGUCAUCGGAGGGGGACAUCCACAAAACCACAACAGCGGCGGCGGUGGCUGUGGUGGCCAAUGAGAACGGACACCAGGGCACCGAGGUCCAAUCAGAGGCCUGCGUGAGUAGUAAACAGGAAGAAGGCGAGGAGGAGGAGGAGGAGGAGGAGGGGGAGAAGGAGGAAGAGGAUGAGAGGCGACGCUCGAUGGACGUGUCUGAAACACAGGUGGCACCUCCUGCAGUGGAGGAGACGCCCAAGUCACCGGGUUUGGAGAAGCCCAAGCGGCCUCCUCUGCCUGCCCCUCGGCUCUCCCUGAGUCCCUCAGACAGCACGGCACCCACACCAGCACCGGCACCAGCAACCGCACCUGCACCUCCACCUGAGACUACCACACUCACUGAAGGAGGUGAGGAGGAGGAGGAGAAGGAGGAGAAGGAGGAGGAGGAACAGUCAAAUGUGGAUGCAAUAGAACCCCCAUCAGAAACCGCAACCGAGUGUAAAGCAAAGAAGCAGAAGGCCCCAGUCCCGCCCUCAGCCACGGGUGCGGACUACACCAAACCGCCUGGCUUCCUCUACAGGUCCAAGGCCCUGGAGACCCAGACGUCAGAUGACGGCCUGAUGCUGCUGUUCACCAAAGAUGACAUCAUCCUCGUCUUUUACGACUACGAGGAAAAGCCGGAGGGCUCCGUGUGGGGCGUACGAGAAGAGGACUGGAUCAAGCACCAGGACCUGGUUCUGCUAUCUGGGACAGUCAUGGAGGACCUGAUCCAGAAACUGGAUGACUGAAGACCACCAGCGGUGCACACCUCCACCAUUUUACUACCCCCUCACCCCUCAUACAGUGCACACCUGCACCAUUUUACUACCCCCCCCCCCCUCCAUACAGUGUGUCAUACACUGUGACCUCCAGCCAUUUUGACCUGUGACUCAGCUUCUCUCCGCCAUUUUAACUCCCUUACUGUAACCAUCCAACUGAGCUCCUUGGGCUCAGGCACCCACCUGGCCAGGUGUGUCGACCUACCCUCCGUCCCCCCAUUGUAGCUCACUUUUACCUCCUCUGACCAGUAGCCCUCAUUCAUUUUACCCCCCUACAUGUCCCCGGGGAACCUCCAUUUUUAACCCCUACUUUCUCCUCCGGUCAGACUCAGCAGGCCUCUGUCCAGUUAUCACCAUCCUGUGUCCAACUGGCUGCUUUAGUCCUACCGCUCCCUCUGCCUCAUCUGGGCGUAUUCCUCUCUUUCAUCUACCUCCCCAUCUGUCUUGCGCCACAUCUCCAUUUUACACCCUCAUGUUUUACACCACCAAAUGUCUCCUCUGGCCGAAGGACCUCCGACCAUUUUAUCCCGCUUUACAAGUACUUUACAGGUCCACCUACCCUGCCCUGUCUUGUCUUUGUACCGACAGUAGGCUAACUCUGGACAGAUUUCUGUAUUGCACCUUUGCCCUUCUUCAUACAGUACCUCCUCUCUGGCCAGGGGUGAAUUUCUCAAAACCAAAGUUGCUAACUACAUUAGCUACUUUGCUGUUUUCAAUGCAUUUUCCCAUUGGCAACUACCGAAGUUGCUAACAGGCUAACAACUUCUCUUUUGAGAAACUCACUCCAGGCCAGCACCACACGCCCAUCAUCUAAUUCCACUGGAGUCAGCUGCCCAGGCCCCUCCGUGGUUGUUUACCCUGAUUACACAUCCUCUGACUCAGUAGACCAGAGACUACAGCCACACCCUGUCCAGCACAGCACAUUACUGCACAGUACUGGACCUCUGGUGACGUGAUGUCACUGUUGCAAGUGGCCACAAGAAAAGAAAAGACUGCUAGUCAGCAUCAGCAGCUUUCAUGGCUUCACGACGACAACAAAAAGAAUGAGAGAAAAGAAGCAGAAAAAAAAGAGUGAAACCCGGGAAACUAGACUAUCCUUGCAGGUUGUUUCAUGAAAUGUGUCAAGUGCCUUGGUUUUCAAUCACACAUGGUCAAAUAAUAGGCCGUGAUUGCCAGUGUUAUGAUAUAAUGAAUAUAUAGUAUGAGCAUAUGAGCCAGUUUAGGUCUGCUGAAAUCUUGCCAAUAUGUCCAUUCCUAUGGAAGACUGCACACUGUCAUUAUUUCAGGCGUGGGGCUACUUGGCGAAGAGAGCAACAGAAUUAGGUGAAUUCCAUGACUGUUUCAUUUUUUUUAAAAUGGGUAUUCUUUUAAAACUGUGAAAAAUUGUUAAUUAUUACACCUUUUGUAUUUUGUAUCUUCUGAAUGUAUGUUUUUUAACCAAUUGUUUCGUACAAAAUAUAAAGCAACGGAUUUGUUUUGUACAAAAUAUGAAGCAACGGAUGUGUUUUGACAAAGUGAUGUUUUCUCUACUAUAAUAAAGUUACUUGGAUCUUACAUAAA